AUGCCCACCAUGAGUCCAGCCAUGAAUCCUGGAUCCAUCAUCGACGCAAUCCGCAGUGAUACCAUGCCCAUCACUGACAUCUACUGGCCAGCCUUCAAAAAGGCAGUCGAGAACGAUCCCCAGAAACUCCGCCCCAUCGAUCUGACCUGCACCAUCUGCACAGAGCACAUGUCAACGCAAGGAUCAGGAAGUGGUUCUAUCCAUUGGAUCCAAAAACAAGGCCGCAAAAUCUCCCACGAUGCCCAGAUCCUCCCCUGUGGCCAUAUGGUCGGCGCUUCCUGCCUCAUGGACUGGCUUGACAGUCAGUCUGAACGAUUCCGAGGUAGAGAGUUCUACUCGUGUCCUGUCUGCAACACUGAGAUCAUGUACCAUCCUGAGUGUGGCCAUGUCUGCCAUGGUCAGCGAAUCCCACAAUUGGUCGCCAACUAUUCUAACGUCCCUCUUGUUCUGAGUGAGGGUGGCUUUAUCCACGCUCGAUGUACCAGCUGUGAAAUCCAGCGUACUUUUUCCGAGAUGACCCAGUACACCGGUAUCUACACGUGGGAGGAUGAAGUCGAGUCUACCCAUCAGUACAUCACCCUUGGCUUUGUGGACCAACGCACCGGCGGUUUCAUGUACCUGGAUGGUUCUGCAGACCCUAAGCGACCUCUUUGUGAGCGUGUCCGAAGACUUCGAACUCCAGAGGAGUUGAAGACUAUCUGGGAAGCCUAUAGAAAGGUCUGGGUGCUGAAGUUCAAGACCUUUUGGAUCUCACAUGAUUUGUCUAAUGUAGCUCUAUGCCUCUACUUGAUGAAGACCAUGAAGCCACUUCCCCAGACGCCUAAGACACAGAGCAUCUUCCGUCGUGUCUUCUCUCGGGGAUCUUCUACCUGA